GCUGGCGGCACUGCUCUGGAUACAAAGCAGUCAGCCACGCUCUGGCUCCUUCCUCCCGCACCCCGUUGGCCUCCUCCUCCUCCUCCUCCUCCCUGUUUGCACGCUCCCUCCCUCCCUCCCGCUCGCCCUCCCUCCCUCUUUCACUCUCUUUCUCUCCCCUAACGCCACGCUGCAGAAAGGCAGACCUGGGAACUGGAGGUCCGCGGAGGCAGCGGAGGAGGAAGGAGCUCUGCCCUGCUCUUUCUUUGAGAGUGAAACGGGGAGGCAGAGAUGCGAUGAAGGAGUGUCUUGGUCGCCGCCUGGAUUAAGAAAGAAUACAUAAAAACAAACAAAAAAAAAAAUCCGGACCCAACAAACGAGGAAAAAGGGAGGAGAGAAGGAGGAGGAGGUUGCUGGGGGGAGCCCACUCCAGUGGGCGAACAGCUGCUUUGAAUCGUGCCUCUGUUCCCAGGGAUUAAAGCAUGAAUGGGAGCAGCUUCCCGGCCACGAUGGAGAGAGAAGGCGGUUCAGGCUGUGGGAAUAAGGUCUCCUGCCAAAUGUGUCCCUGAGGUUCCUGCUGGAGGCCCCAGCAGCGUCCUGUAGAAGUUGUCUCCUGCUCCUGGUCCCAGCAGCCGAGGCCCCUCCAAACCUGCUUCUGCAAUGGGUAAUGAGGAGCUGUGGGUCCAGUCAGUCUUGGAGAUGCCGAAGAGACGAGACAUCCUGGCUAUCGUGCUGAUAGUUCUGCCCUGGACGCUACUAAUCACCGUCUGGCACCAGAGCACCAUUGCUCCACUGCUUGCAGUGCACAAGGAUGAUGGUGGUGACUCCCGGCGUGAUCUCGCUGCAGGCUUGGACUCCAAGGAAUACUGCUUGUCGGACCGGGACAUUGUGGAGGUGGUGAGGACAGAAUAUGUUUAUACCCGCCCACCCCCGUGGUCAGACACCCUUCCCACCAUCCACGUCAUUACACCCACCUACAGCCGGCCCGUCCAGAAGGCAGAGCUGACGCGCCUGGCCAACACCCUGCUGCACGUCCCCAACCUGCACUGGAUCCUGGUGGAGGACUCGCAGCGGCGCACGCCGCUCAUCACCCGGCUGCUGCGGGACACGGGGCUGAACUACACCCACCUCAACGUGGAGACACCUCGCAACUACAAGCUGCGGGGAGACAUGAGGGAUCCCCGCAUCCCCCGGGGGACCAUGCAGAGGAACCUGGCCCUGAGAUGGCUGAGAGAGACCUUUAACAAAAAUAACAGCCAGCCUGGCAUCGUUUACUUCGCCGACGAUGAUAACACCUACAGCCUGGAGCUCUUCGAGGAGAUGCGCAGCACCAGGAAGGUGUCGGUGUGGCCAGUAGCCUUCGUCGGCGGCUUGCGCUACGAGUCGCCCAAAGUGAACGCUGCGGGGAAGGUCUACGGCUGGAAAACCGUGUUCGACCCGCAUCGGCCCUUUGCUAUAGACAUGGCGGGGUUCGCUGUGAACCUCAGGCUGAUCCUCCAGCGAUCUCAGGCUUACUUCAAACUGCGAGGAGUGAAGGGGGGCUACCAGGAGAGCAGCCUGCUCCGGGAGCUGGUCACCUUGAACGACCUGGAGCCGAAAGCUGCCAAUUGCACUAAGAUUUUAGUCUGGCAUACGAGGACAGAAAAGCCUGUGCUGGUGAACGAGGGGAAGAAAGGAUUCACAGAUCCCAAUGUGGAAAUCUGACUGUGCACGGCUGGGCAGAGACCAACACCAGAAGAUUUCUUCAUGCACAGCCUACAAGGUUCCUCUCCACAGCAUACAGCCAGCCAGACAUGCAGUAGCCAGGACCUCUGCUGACUUCCAAGAGUUUUAGUGUACUGAAAACAAGCAACACUGCAUACAUAAACUACCCGGAUUCCCCUGCCCUUCCUCCUGGACUCUGAGCAGAACCAGAUGCUCUGGAGGUGGAAGAAAAAGCACAGAAAAUACAAGACUGACAUCGACUUCUGUACAAGACCAGCUGCCUCGGGAGCUGCUCGGUUUGGGAGAAGCGCAUGCAGGGCAUGAUGCACCGAAGACGUGGCCCAGCUGGAAUGGCAGUCUGGACUGAGGGGGCUGUUUUACAGGACCUGAAAGCAAGGGUGAGAACGCCCCCAGGAGCGUGUUGGCCCCUGAUGAUUGUUUUUUUCUGGAGACACACGUACCUGGUGGCUAUGUGUGCGACAGCCUAAGCAGCUCUCUGUUCGUGGAGGGGACAGCUGCCUUCUGAGAUGGCACCUUAGCCCUUAAUUUUAAACCUACUUUAAUCCGUGUUUAUUACACUGCACAAGACAGGAAGGUUUUGGGAGAGGGUGAAAAGCAAGGCAGGUUAAACAAACCCAUAACUAUUUCUGUUUCUUUGUACCCCCUCUCCUUUCCCUUAAGCAGUUUUGUGGUUUGGGAGGGCGCUCUGACAUACCUCUGUGUUCCUGGAUGGAGUUAUGUUUACAGCACAUGGUUCUCUGUUCAUCCAUGCUAAAAUAACUGGGGGAGGGUUUUAAUGAGAUUGUUGUGGCCCUACACCCUAAUACUUAAUCUGGACUCAGAUCUUUGUUCUAUUUAGCUCUCAUUUGGUCCACGUGAACAUUAGGUGUGGGAUUCUCUGAAGGGUACUCCAACAGAAAGAUGAAUUUCUACUCUUAAAAAAUAAAGUUAACUGCUUAAUACUAGGGAUUGAAUGAUAACCGCUGAUUUUAGUGCAUUUACCAUCCAGGUGGAUUGUAUCCUUCAGCCCUAGCUCCUUUUUCAGAGCCAUGCCACAGUACUGCAGGGCUAGUGGCGUGAAAAGCCACGCUGGAGCAGUUGGAGUUAACUUCUGAUGCACCCUUGUAAAGGGGAUCCUGGGCUUAGUCCUCUGUUUCUUCAGCCCCUGGCUUGAGUGAGAGAGACAUGACUGAGCACUGCAGAAGAGGAACCUGGGUGCUACUACCUUGGUUGACUCUAUUUGAGAGUGACAAACUUGCUGAGGA